CUGUGGCCUCGUCGUCGUCCUCCUCGAGGAGCCGCCGCCGCCGCCGCCGCCGCUGGCUGCCGGAGAUGGCGCGACGCGGCGCACAGCUCCUCGCGGCCCGUGGGAUAUCCUCGUCGCCGUGCCUAGCUCGUAGGCUCAAGCAAACAGAAAGUGAGAUUGUUCGGAUGUUUCAUCCUCCAGUUCGUCAGUGUGAGGAGCCAAUAGCAACCAUUGGGCCAAGAUACACACACUCUGUUCGUGUCUUGGAUGAGAGGUUCAUUAGGAUCCUCAAGAUUUUCAAGUGGGGCCCUGAUGCUGAAAAGGCACUGGAGGUUCUCAUGCUUAGAGUUGAUCACUGGUUGGUACGAGAGGUUAUGAAAACUGAUGUUGGGGUCAAUGUGAAGAUGCAGUUCUUCAGAUGGGCUGCAAAGAGGAGGAAUUAUGAGCAUGAUACAUCCACAUACAUGGCGUUGAUACGUUGUUUGGAUGUAGUAGAGCAGUAUGGUGAGAUGUGGAAGAUGAUCCAAGAAAUGGUACGCAAUCCCAUUUGUGUUGUCACCCCGACAGAGCUGUCAGAGGUAAUUCGGAUGCUGGGGAAUGCUAAGAUGAUCAGCAAGGCAAUUGCAAUCUUCUACCAAAUCAAAGCACGGAAGUGUCAGCCAACGGCACAGGCAUAUAACAGCAUGAUAAUAAUGUUGAUGCAUGAAGGGCAAUAUGAGAAAGUCCAUGAACUAUACAAUGAGAUGAGCAAUGAGGGUCAUUGCUUCCCGGACACUGUGACAUACAGUGCACUGAUUUUUGCUUUCUGCAAACUCGGUCGCCGUGAUUCAGCAAUUCGGCUGUUGAAUGAGAUGAAGGAGAAUGGAAUGCAGCCAACUGCUAAGAUAUAUACCAUGUUAAUAGCUUUGUUCUUCAAAUUGGACGAUGUUCAUGGAGCAUUAAGUUUGUUUGAAGAGAUGAUGUGUCAGUAUUGCCAGCCAGAUGUGUUUACUUACACUGAGUUGAUCAGAGGCCUUGGUAAAUCCGGGAGAAUAGAUGAAGCGUAUCACUUCUUCCAUGAAAUGCAGCGGGAAGGCUGCAGGCCAGACACAGUUGUUAUGAAUAAUAUGAUAAAUUUCUUAGGGAAGGCUGGUCGUUUGGAUGAUGCUAUUAAGCUGUUUCAGGAGAUGGAAACGUUGCGGUGCAUUCCUAGUGUUGUGACAUACAAUACAAUAAUGAAAGCACUUUUUGAAUCAAAAUCUCAUGCUUCUGAGGUUCCAUCGUGGUUUGAGAGAAUGAAGGGAAAUGGAAUCCCCCCUAGUUCAUUCACCUAUUCUAUCCUGAUUGACGGAUUCUGCAAAACCAACAGGACAGAGAAGGCCAUGAUGCUACUGGAGGAGAUGGAUGAAAAGGGCUUCCCUCCAUGUCCUGCGGCAUAUUGCAGCCUGAUUGAUGCUCUUGGAAAAGCUAAGCGCUAUGAUCUUGCCUGUGAGCUUUUUCAGGAACUAAAAGAAAACUGUGGCACCUCCAGUUCUCGGGUAUAUGCAGUGAUGAUAAAACAUUUAGGAAAGGCGGGACGGCUUGAUGAUGCUAUAAAUAUGUUUGAGGAAAUGAAUCAACUUGGUUGUACUCCUGAUGUUUAUGCUUACAAUGCUCUCAUGUCCGGAUUAGCAAGAAAGGGCAUGCUUGACGAAGCUCUUACUACAAUGAGAAGAAUGCAAGAGCAUGGGUGUAUUCCUGAUAUCAACUCCUACAAUAUUAUCCUGAAUGGUCUGGCAAAAACAGGUGGACCUCAUCGUGCUAUGGAGAUGCUUGCUAACAUGAAACAGUCUGCAAUAAGACCUGAUGCUGUCUCUUAUAAUACUGUCCUUGGUGCUUUGAGUCAUGCUGGCAUGUUUGAGGAGGCAGCAAAGUUGAUGAAAGAGAUGAAUACAUUGGGGUUCGAGUAUGAUCUUAUUACAUAUUCAUCUAUACUUGAGGCUAUUGGAAAUGUUGAUCAUGAAUAAACUGGCGAACUUUGCUGACGGGCACUAGAUGAGUGUUGAUUGUGAUCCACAAAGCAACUAAUCAAGGCUUCUUUGUUCUUGAAAAAUGAUUCUUUGAAAAAGCCUUACCUGUUGACAUAUGUCAAAAGAUGUCCAUCCUGUGCUUAGGUAAAUUGUUGAUGCAAAAUAUUGAAGAUAGCAACUGAUCAAACUGUGAAGCAAUAACUUCCUGAAAGGUUUGAGAUCAGUGAAGCACAAGCCUAACUACUGUAUAUUGAGAUAUUUCUUCAGCAAUCCACGUCCACAUGUGACACAUUCCUGAAGUCCUGGUAGGUGUUACUUUGAACAACUAACAUUUUCAAGUCAAUCAUUCUCAUUUUCUAGUUCCUGAAGCCCUGCCAUAUCCUGGAUUUUGUACAUGGACAAGUCCUGAUGUCCUUUUAAUGUUGCACUGCUGAAACCAACUUAACUAUUUUCAGUUACGACUCAAAUGGGGCCAACGUCUGAAGUCUGGACUUCCGUUGCAUCAUGGUAGCAUCUAAAGCAUGUAAAGAAGGAUUUCACCAGAAGACAAUGUAGAGCAAGAAGGCAUGUUUAGGAUUAACACUAUUCUGGAGCCAUAUGAAGCUGCAUACUUAAUUAUAAUGCUAUGAUGCUGGAGUGCUUUCCGCUUAAUAAUACCAGCAAAGAGUCUUUCAGAGUCAAGUUACGGCACCUAGGAUCCAUACUUGUAGUUGUAACCUGAGAUCCAGAGGCGAGAUAUGGUUGAAAUUGUACUAAUACACUAUGAUUAUAGUGGGCGACCUCUUACUGCUGCAUCUCUAGGUGUGCGCAAGCAUCAGUGCUUAAGAUUUUUUUAUCUCCUGCGUGGAAAGGGAACUAACUCUGAUAGUCUUGAUACUCUGAUAGUCUUAAUCCUUGUGCAUUUGGUUUGGAGUAAUGGAGAUGCCCUGAUACUCUGAUAGUCUUUGGUGGUUUUUGAGAUUGCAGUAUAAACUGUGCCUCCCCUGUAUGUUGUCCUUGCCAUUCUCUAAUAAGAAUGUUUAUUUUUUGA